AAUUAACCAACCCGCUCCACCCUUAUAUCGAGAAGAGAAGGUCGUGCUGAGGUGCAAAAAGUCGUGUACUUGCGCGAACUUCCAUACUACGGAUACCUGACCAGACAACCCCGACCCCGUGUCCCAAGUCACACUCCGUACCUUGGUCGUCCGUACACGGCUUCGCUCCUUCGACCGUCUCCAUACCUCACUCUCGUUUCCGCCGGAAAGCCCACCUCCUCCCGUCACUCUCUUCCAUUUGCAUUUGCAUAGUGAGCGAGAUUUGUACAUUGCCUUUGGUUUUACGCAUACGCAUCGUCAUUUCCUUCGUUUCCCCUGGCUGGAGUCCGACGCACUUAUGCGCCAGUCGACAUAGAGCAGAGCUUGCCCGACUCUGGUAAUCCCUUCCCACUCGACGGGAACCUCUUCGCAACCAUGGGAUCUGUUGAAGUUGUCUCGAGCCGACUAGAGUCGCUACCCCCUCGCCCACCGACACCACCCCGCGAGACCAGCCUGGCUGCCGAUGCCACCACUUCGAAGCAUCUCCUCGUCCUCCCUCCUUCCUCAGACCCUCGAUCGAGUCUCCAGACUCCACCGAGCGUAUACUCACCACUUUCCGGAGCUGACUCCACGAACCCGAGCGGACGAAGAGCAAGAAAACGUGUGGGCUUUUCUGCCCAGGCGCAAUACAACGAAGCCCCAAAAUACCCAGGUCUAGCUGUUGCCAAAUCCCGAUCAUCGCCUCUAUCGGCGCCGUCCUCGACUCAGCCCAAACCUGUCAAGAGCAUCCUCAAACAAACCUCUUCGCCGAGUCCCCUGAGUUCAAGUCUCAAGCCAGAUAGCUUGACGACAUCAGCAAACAUAUCAGACAUGUUGGAGUCAACGGUGAAGCAGCUCGCCGGAGCAGACAGGGACUCGAAGCGGGAUGCCUACACAACACUGGUCAUGACGCUGAAGACGUCCAACAACCUCCCGGACCGAAUCGCCCUUCAGUCUAAGAUGGGCCUCUUCGUGCAGUUCAUCCAACGAGACAUCACCUCCAAGAAUGCCACCAACGGAGGCCCAGAUGCGCCUCUUGUCAACAACGCCCUUUCUCUUCUCGCUACUUUUUUGCAUUUUCCCGCCAUUGCCUCGACGAUACCCAGCGAUUUCGGCAUUUUCUUUAUAGAUCACUGCAUUCGAUCCUUUGAGGAUCCUGCAACACCGAAGGAUGUGGCUCGGCAUCUAAUGCAAGCCGUCGCCACGCAAGACUUCUCCACAAAGGUCUUGGCCUCGGAUCGCGUUCGCCGCCUCAUGAAUGCCCUCCGCAACAUCGAAGACAACCUGAAGGGAAAGAGCAUUGUGAUGUCUCGAAUUCUCAUCUACAAACGCCUGGUUCAACAGUCACGCCAGUUGAUGGUGCUUCACUCCGAUUGGCUAAAUGACCUUUUCACGGACAUGCUGAGCAGGGUCAAAGAACUGCGAUCUGCUGCGAUAUCUCUUGGUCUGGAAGCGGUCUACAUAUUCGGAAAGGAGAAGUCACUGUCUCGGAAGGUGAUGGAGCUCUUUGAUACAUCCAUUGAAGAGAUGAAGUUCGCAGAGUAUUACCACCAGCAACUGAGAACCAUGGCAAAGGACAAGGACGACAGGCAACUUACAGCUUCAGUUCCCAAGAUCUGGAGCGUCAUCAUUGGUUUACUGCGCUGUCCUCUUGACAAAUGGCAAUUCUUCAACCAAUGGUUGCAGCUCAUUCAGAUGGGCUUCAACAACAGCGAUCACCCCCAAACUAAGCAGGAGGCGAAUUUUGCAUGGAACCGUUUCGUCUGGUCUAUGCAUACCGAAGGCCAGUCCUUCGUCAAGCUUCUCCCCAUACUUUACCAGCCACUAGGCAGCCAGUUAAAGUCAAAGUACACAAACAAACACACUCGAGAGGUCGUUUUUGGCAGUGUAUGCAACCUCCUCUACUACACCUUCAAGCCGGGAACGAACAGUGCUCUUCUCGACACCUACUGGGACAUUUGCGUCAAGCCCUUGGUAGAGCCACCGAAAGCGCAAACAAGGAACCCCGACGCCGUUGAUGAGCAUAUGCGGCAGAUAACACUAAUUCUCACCGGUCUUUUUGACUCGACAACACCUCGGAUUUGGAGGGAGGAGCGUAUUAGAGAGACAACUCUUGCCCGGCCGAACGAGCUGCCAGCUAUCGAUCCCAAGUGGCUCCGACGCAAUGUUGCUCGUGUUUUUCAGACUUUGGAAACUAUCAUGGAUAGACACUUUCUCGAGCUCUCGGACAAGAACAGCCAAAUCCAUCGCUUGUGGCGCACUUUGGUGGGGGCCAUUGUCUCGGCCGCCUCCAAAGAGAUCAAGGUUUCUGUCGACACCGCGGCCUUCAUUUCCCAAGUGUGCGGUCUUUUGCUAAAGCAUUGGGAGACUGGCUUGACGGAGAUUGAAAAUCCUACUCCUGAGAUGGCGACUAAGUUCCUGGACAGCGCUCGUGAACUCAUCAUAGUCGCUGUAGAGGCCCUGGGUCUUCGGCCUUUCACCGAGAAGAUGAUCUCUCUUAGUCGUCUUCAUACCUUCACACCUGUGUCGACACCGUCCCAUAAGCCGGCGAAGAACGCUGGUGACGCCCGGACUCCUCUACAACAUUUGAUCGGCUUGGUCUCUCGGCUUCCCCCGGGUAUCCCCGACGGGGAGGAGUACGUCGAGUUUUUCAAGACGUUCUUUGCACCUUUCUUGGUCCAGAAGUCAGCAAACUCUCGCUUGGAGCUGGCACAAGAGAUGCUGUCGGCCACUCCAAUUUGGUCGCCGCCGGUCAAUCAACUUCCCUAUGCACCAUGGGUCUUUGCUGCGGAGUGCCUAUCGGCGACCUUCAGCUCACCCCAAAACAGCACUCCAACAACUAGCUCAAUGGUUGAGCCGUCACUCGGUCACGAAUACCGCACCGUGGUGCGUCUCCUGGAACGAGGAUGGAAAGAGACUUCCAAUCUACCCUGGGAACCCUGGUGCUCGCUCUUCGCGAAGUUGUCGGCCCGGUCUUACCAGGAGACUGGCGAAGCUGGCCGCGCUUUAGGCACUAUUGAGCCGCUUGCCAAAAUCAUCCGGGAGUCUAUCCCUGCCGAUCAUGCCUUGCCGCUGCCGACAAAGACACUUCUUGCAACAACUGAGCUUCUCUCCGCUGCUAGCCACCCAUUAGACAGGCAGGCAUUGGAAGCUGCUCGGCGCAGGUUAUGGGGUACAGCAGUUGCGGGACCUAGGUCAUCCUCCUUCGAUCCGUUCGAUAACUUUUACAAACUGGUCAACGAGGUGAUGGAACGACUCUACGAGGCCGGCGAGCGUGGAGAUGUGGACGAACUUGCCACCCAGCUUCUCAGGGCAACCGGUUCCUUCCUUUCUCGCUGCAACCCGGAGCUUGUUUGCAGAACUGUAUCGAACUUGGAGAGUGGGCUUGCCGUGUGGAUCCGGGACUCGCAGGGUAUUUUGAAGGCCCGACAGAGCCCUGCUGCACCUGAAGCUGUUAAGCAUCUCUGGGAGACCGUUUCCAAGGUCAUUUUGCCUAGCGGCAAGCCAGAAGAAGUGCAGCUCGAAACCUUCGAGGAACUUAUCUGCGCUGCCUUUGAAAGCAAACACCGCCAUAUUGUCAACUCUGUCGCAGAGGCAUGGAAUCGGAUCUACGAGAACGCGGAACAAGUUCAGUACCCUGAACAUCUCAAGGCUGUCUUACUAGGCAUUCAACCGGUUGUGACCCUCGUUCUUCCAGGCUUGGAGAUCGCCAGUGUGGCGUCUACGGACCAGAAUCACUCGUUCGUCGAAUCGCAGGAUGACAUUGAGAUGCUCACCGUAUCCUCCACACGUUCAUCUCGAAAGAGAGCUCAGAAACCGGCUACAUCCAACCAAUCAUCGCCUCUCAGCUCUGUCAAGCUGUCGCUCUCUGCGAAGAAGCAGCUGGACAACACUACACCUAUGAAGGGUCGUGGAAGGCCCCGGCGUAGCGCUGCAGCCAAGGCGCGGUUGAGACAUGACGACUCUCAGAUUCAGUUCGCGCCCAUUGAGAAGUCUCCUUUGAACCCGGCAGUUAACGCCGAGUCUCAAGUUCUCACGGAACGCCAGAAAGAAAUCAGGGAGAGGCAGAAGGAUGCCGCGGCGCUUUACCCAGAAAUGCGGUCAAGCCCUCAACAGCAACAACCACAGGUCACUGAGGAGAAGUCGACCGCCCCUGAGAUGGUCGUCGAGACCCCCAAGGAUGUGACACCUAAGCGCAACGCUAGGUACGAGGAGUUUGUCAGCUCGACCCCGACACCUCGCCGAGGUCAGACGAUGGCCAUGGCAGAUAAUGAUCAGGAGAUGACGGAUCCUCCUUCUUCACCUCUGGAGCCCCGACCUUUCCCUCUGCUGCCUCAGAUCAAGUCACGAUCUAGCAGUCGCAGCGAGCUGGAGAACUGGCAGUUUAGUUCUUCUCCUGUGUCUGGCUCUCCAUCUCCCGAUGCCGCCGUCAUGGCCGAUGAGCCUACAGAUCUCGACUUGGCCGACAGCGCAACCUCCCAACGUGUCCCUCGAGGAGGUAGCCCGGAUCUGUCAGCAGUGGAUGACUCGUUCCAGAUGGUUCCCUCAAGUGCCGUGGAGGAGCCGGAGCUCCCACCGCCUGCCUUCGAGACCGCAAAGGAGACGCUGCAGCCCGAUGAAUCUCAGCAUGAUAUUGCGAAAUCCUCCGCAGGAACUCUUCCCGACCCUGCGCCAUCAACCCCCAAGAACAACCGAGUGACUGGCGUAGAGGAGCCCAGGUCUGGUCAGGAAGUCUUUGUCGACGCGCCCUCAAGCCCGCAACCCACAGUACUUACCAGGUCCGCCUCACGCGCAGCUGCCAUCAAGGACCGCUCCUUUGAGAUGAGUGACGGAGACGAAAACAGCAUGUUGAGGCUUGUCGUCGAGCUCGACCGUAGGCGAAGCGCCAAGAAAGAAAAGCCUCCAGUGCUUGACUGCAUCACAGUCCGAGGUGAAGAUGACGAAGAGGAGGACGACGAAGAAGAGGAAGAAGACGAGCCAGCGGAGCUUGCUCUCUCACAGGUCCAGACAAGAGCCCGCAAGAGCAAGUCCCAUUCGCCCGGAAGACCUUCAACUCCUGUAACUCGGUCGGCCGCUUCAUCCCCGGACAAGUCAGCUAGGAAGCGGAAGAGGGGCGGUGCUUCCAACGUCGAUACCCGCCACAAGAAGAGGAAGUCUACCGGCCCCUCAGAAAUUGUCGAGUCGUCUCAGAUCACCAUGUCCCCGGUACUUGGGGAAGAAACCCCCCGCCGUCGUCGCAGCCAACGCAUCAAUGUCAACGACAGCCCUUCGAAACACUCCGUGGAUCUGGAUGCCGAAGUCAACUCUCAACUGGUUAAUGAGCAAGAGGAGGCGGACUUCCGGGCGAGUCAAUCAUUCGAGGAGCCGGAGCUGGAGCAGACAACAACCAUGGCACACGAGACGGCAGAAGACUCCAUGGAUGUUGAUGACGCCGAUGCCACUACUGUCGCUGAAGCAACCCCAGUUCCCGAAGCUCCUGUCGAAGAAGCCACCAAGGAUGUCAACAUGAUUGAUAAUCUGAGCGGCGUUCUCGCCAGUCUUCGCUCAGCAGCACUAUCACGGGAGGAGGUGUACAAGAUGGAGGACAUGCUCAUGGAUAUCAAGAGAGAGCUCUUCGCCGCCGAGGCUCGUGGGCGAGCUUGACCAGGGUUCUACUACCACUACCGACACUGACGCGGAAUGCAAACAUCCGAAAACGACCCGCUACCGCUUGUCAUCAUUUCCCUUUUGUUUCUUACGUACUGGCCUCGCGAGGACACUGUCAAUACGCCUCCGCCACGCCACAUAUACAUGUACAUUCACGACGACGAUGGGUGUGUCAGCAACGCCCGCCAUGCAUUGUUGGCGUAGAUCUUUGGUUUUAUGAGUUGAAGACGAAGAGAGCAGAAGAAGGAAAGAAAAAAAAAACAUUACUUGGUUUUUUUUUUGUUAACUUGUUCUUGUAUGGAAACUGGGUAUAAGGGAAAAUUCAUGGCAUGAGACUGGAU